CUCUGAGCCGGCUGGUCAGGGGUAGCCGGGGCGGCGCUAGGACCUAGCGCUGCUCGGGCUCGGGAUCUGGCUCCGGGCUCCGGGCUCCGGGCUCCGGCUCCAGCUCCGGCUGCAGCGGGGCCUGGGCCAGUAGCGGCUCCGGGGCUGCGGAGGCGCUGGGGGCCCAGCUGCAGCGCCAUGUGAGCGGGACCAGGUACCGGCGCUCCCCGGGGGAGUCUCCCCAUCAUGGGUCAGAUUAAGCUGCUUUAUCUAAUCCCCCGCCCCGGAGCUGUGGGGGCUGAUCCUCUGACUCUCUGGCUGCUCCGCUGGGUUCCUGGGCCGUGAUCUUUGCCCCUACAUUGUGGUUUGACGUUUGUCCACUUCGGGUGGGCCUUCAGGCUGUCCAAAAACUUGCUGGCAGCGGGUGUGACCCUUUUUCCCCCUCCCCCGGGUGACCCAAAAGCUGCUCCCAUCCCAAGACUGCUGGAGAGACAUGAAUAAAAAUAAGGGCCAACGAUCAGUGGUGCUAGGGGCCCUGUUUGCGCUCAUCACCCUCCUCAUCCUCUACAGCUCCAACAGCGUCAAUGAUGUCUUCCCCUAUAGUUCUCUUCGAGGCCACUUCCACCGGCCACCCAACCUGAAGAAGUGGGCUAUUGCUGACAGCUAUGUCCCAGUCCUUGGCAACAAGACACUGACCUCCCACUGUCACCAGUGUGUGAUCAUCACCAGCUCAAGUCACCUCCUGGGCACAAAGCUGGGACCAGAGAUCGAACGCGCAGAGUGCACCAUUCGCAUGAACGAUGCGCCCACCACAGGCUACGAGGUGGACGUGGGUAGCAAGACCACCUUUCGAGUUGUGGCUCACUCCAGCGUGUACCGCGUUCUACGGCGGCCCCAAGAGUUUGUCAACAAGACCCCGGAAACUGUGUUCAUCUUCUGGGGUCCUCCCAGCAAAAUGCAGAAACCCAAUGGCAGCCUGCUACGGGUCAUCCAGCGCGUGGGUCUUGCCUUCCCCAAUAUGGCCGCCUAUGCUGUCUCGCCCACCCGCAUGCGUCAGUUUGAUGACCUCUUCCGGGGUGAGACGGGCAAGGACAGGGAGAAGUCUCGAUCCUGGCUGAGCACAGGCUGGUUCACCAUGGUAAUUGCCGUGGAGCUCUGUGACCGGGUCCACGUUUAUGGGAUGGUGCCACCCAACUACUGCAGCCAGCGGCCCCAGCCCCACCGGAUGCCCUAUCACUACUACGAACCCAAGGGGCCAGAUGAAUGCAUCACCUACAUCCAGAAUGAGCGGAGCCGCAAGGGCAAUCACCACCGCUUCAUCACUGAGAAGAGGGUUUUCUCCUCCUGGUCUAGGGCCUACAACAUUACCUUCUCCCAUCCUUCCUGGACAUAAGGGUAUUUCCUGGACAAUCAGGGCUCAGAGGGUAGGCUCCUAGACAAUCAGGGGGUAGGGGUUAGGUCCUGGCCAGUUGGGACUCAGGAGAAUUCUACUGUCCAAUCAGCAUCUCAACUAGUCAAUCUUGGAGCCUCUUCUAGUCAUUCAAGGCCUGGAAGGCCGGAACUCCAGGUUAUUUGGCAUGUUUGAGGGUAUCUUUUGGCCAAUCAGGGUCUUGGAAGCAUAUCUUAGCUAAACAGGGUCUGGGGUACAUUUCCUAAUGAAUCAGGGUCUUGGGGUAUCCUCCAGCCAACCUGGGCUGUGAUCCCAUUUCUGAGUUAAUUAGAGGACAAAGAUAUAUGACCUUCCCCAUGAGGCCUUAGUUCUAAUUUCUUUGACCCUGAGGUGUUUCCCCCUGAAGAGACACCAAAAAAAAAGAAAAAAAGAAAAAAAAAACUUCCAGUUUUUUUCCAGUCAACUUUAGAAAAGUUCCUGGGCCCAGAGACACUGGGGGCUUGGACCAAGAGCUGUGAGAGGAAGCACAUAACAUGCCCUUUGCCACAGGCACAAGCCACUUUGAUUGGUCUCGGUGCCCCUGCCCACUGAAGCCUGGGCCUGCUCUCUCAGCAAGUCCUCUAAGUAAAGCAGGACGCAGCCUCCCCUUCUCUCCAGUAGCUGGGUUCAUUUUGUCCCAGCCCGAUGGGAGAGUCGAGCAUAGUCCUUAGCAUUUCUGUGGCCCUGUGCUUUCCAGGGGCUUUUUUCUUUAUUCCAUAAAACUUGGAAGUGUUUGCUUCCCCUCCCCUGGCACUCAAAAUGGGAAGAAAAGAAAGAGAAAUGAUUGUAUGCUGUGGGGGCUGAGACCCUGGGUUCUAGUCUCUACUCUGCUGCUAAUUCAUUACUGGACCCUGGGCAAGUGACCUUCCCUCUAGGGGUCUCAUUUUCUUCUUCUAUAAAUGGAAGGGCUUGGGCUCAAUGAUCUCUAAGGUCUCUUCCAGCCCAGACAUUUUAGGAUUCUAUUUCUGACCCCAUGCCCUUUCCUUCCUCUCUCUUCUUCAGUUCCCAUUCUAUUUCUGGUCAUGGGCAGGCACGGGUUGGGAACUAAUUUCUAAAGAACUCUGCUCUAUCAGGAUAGACAAAGGCUUCUCCCAGCCCCCCUUGCCUGUCCUUCCAAUACCUCUUUCUUCCCAAGGCUGUGAUUGGCAGGGAAGGAAGGGAAGUAGGCCACUCCUGAGUGGGUCGACAUCCGACUAGAUUCACCCCCUCCUCCCCUGCCCCCUUACAGCUGCUAAUCUCGAAAAUUAAAUCGACAGUGCCUCAUUUCCUCUUCUCCAUUUGUUCCCCAUCCCACUUCCCCAAUUCGAUGAUGUCUCAGUCUCACCUCAGUGAGGUCCCCUUCCCACCUGCCGAGUGGUUUUCUGCUAGUUUAGAACGGAUCUUACGGCUGCGGGCUCUACUUAUACCCAGAUUCCAGAAAAAGGAAAUGGGGAUUCCAACUGCAGUUGGAAUUUUGUAUGGACGUCACAUCUGUCUGGAGGGUUUCAAAGCCCCACUAACCAAAAGGCCACCUGGCUGCUCAAGUAGUUGGAGAGGGAAGGGGGAGUGAGAGAGCACCUGGGUUGCAGGUUCCCUCCCUUCUGACCUGGCACUUAAUUGCUGACUCUGUGGUUUUUUCCCUAGGAGAGCAGCCCCAAAGGAGCUGGUGGGGAUAGAGCGGGUGUACCUAGCUAUUCAGUCUGCUGUCUUGUUCCUAAGCAGCAAGAUGAAGGAUAUGAGAUAUGUGAUAAAGCAUUCCUGAGGGGAUCUGGGGGUGCUGUGAAGAGCAAGGCAGGUUCAGGACAGAGGCUAGGCUACUGCUUGGGUCAGGGAGUGGACGUUCUGUUCUUGGGUGUCAGCACGAGCCUCACCACCACCACCACCCAAUUUCCUCAGCCCUGAAAGGUGGUUUUGUAAUGGUUUGUACAGGAAUAAAUAUUCUUAAGCUCUCA